AUGUCGAACCCCAAAGACUACACUGUUGGCUGGCUAUGUGCUAUUAGCACAGAACUAGUUGCUGCCAGAGCAUUUCUCGACGAAGAGCAUGCUCCGCCCAAUGCCGUCUCCUCUCGCGAUAGCAACAUAUAUACACUGGGGAAAAUGGGACAGCACAACGUUGUUAUUGCUGCCUUACCAGACGGAGGAUAUGGGAUCAGUGCCGCGGCCUCAGUUGCUAGAGACAUGCUGAGUAGCUUUCCUAAUGUCAGGGUUGGUCUGAUGGUGGGUAUCGGGGGUGGCGUCCCAACCAGGCAUGAUAUCCGCCUAGGAGAUGUUGUUGUUAGCACUCCACAAGAUGAACAUGGGGGAAUAUUUCAAUAUGAUUUUGGGAAAACGAUUCAGGCCCAAGAGUUUCAAGAUAAAAAGUUUCUUGACCAACCUCCUACUCUCUUACGGAGCGCGGUUUGCGACCUCAAGGCUCGUUACCAGAGCGAUGGCCAUCAAAUUCAAGAGACGAUAAAGAGCAUCUUGGCCAAAAAACCGAAACUCAGGAAAAAUUAUCAACGACCUGAUCCUAGGACUGAUCGACUCUAUCUCAACGACGCUGUUCACCCUUCAACAAGCAAUGAAGGUUGUGCAAUUGCCUGUAGCGAUUCAAUGCUAGUGUCGCGAGGGCAACGAGCAGUGGAUGAAGAUGAUCCAACAAUUCACUAUGGUCUUAUCGCAUCCGGUAGUCAGCUAAUGAAAGAUGCGUCGAUUCGAGAUAAACUUGCAUUUAAGAAAGAUAUUCUUUGUUUUGAGAUGGAGGCAGCUGGGUUGAUGAAUCAUUUCCCCUGUCUAGUUAUUCGGGGGAUAUGCGACUACUCAGAUUCGCAUAAGAACAACAUAUGGCAGGGCUACGCAGCAAUGACCGCAGCAGCAUAUGCAAAAGAUCUCAUUGGACGGAUUUCUCCUGCUGCAAUUGAGACUGAGACGCGUAUUACAGCUGUUCUCUCCAAAGUUCAAAACAGCCUCAAUCAACUUGAUAACAGGCAUCAUGCUGAAAUCAACCUGGCCAUCCUUGAUUGGCUCUCUCCACUUGACUACAGUACACAGCAAGCUGAUCAUCAAGGAGUACGACAGAAAGGAUCCGGAGAAUGGUUUCUCAAUGCCGACAAGUUCCAAAGAUGGGUCAAAGAAGAGAACCAGAUGUUGCUCUGUCCAGGCAUGCCGGGGGCGGGCAAAACAAUUAUGAUGUCAGUUGUAGUUGAUCACCUCUUAUCCAAGUUCCGGGAAGACCCAAAACCGGGUAUCGCAUAUUUCUAUUUCGACUAUAAACUGCAAGAUGAACAAAACAUCGGUAGAUUAUUGGGAUGCCUCUUGAGGCAGUUGGUUGCAUAUCUACCUUCUCUACCCGAGGUAGUGUAUAGGCUCUACGAAAAAAACAAUAACCCCGGCAGACGGACUCGGCCGAGUAACGAAGAUCUCUUUCAAGCUCUCAAAUUCGUAACGAUGUCAUACCCAAGGGUUUAUGUCCUGAUCGACGCACUUGACCACUAUAAGCCGCCCAAGGACCCUCGAUUGGCAAUUACGCGGUGCAUCUCUGAAAUACGAACUGAAACAGGGGCCAACAUUCUUGUAACGUCCCGGUUUGACCCGGAAAUUACAAGUGGAUUUUCGAGCAUCCAUUCAUUGGAAAUACGUGCGAGCAACGAAGAUGUCCAAAGAUACGUCAAGGCUAGCAUGGUGCAUCUUCCAAGGUUUAUCCAGGAUGAUCCUAAACUGCAGGAUGAGGUUACGGCUGAUUUAAACAAUUCAGCGACAUACGAUGAACAUUAUACCAAUAUGAUGAAGAUAAUCGAUAACCAAUCGGAACAGGAAAAGGAACUCGCAUCGUCGGUUCUGUCCUGGCUUAUCUUAGCGAAGAGGCCAAUGAGAGUUACUGAGCUUCAGCACGCCGUCAGUGUGAAACCAGGAGAGUCAAAAUUUGACCACGGAAACAUGCCAGACAUUGGCCGUAUGGUUUCUGUAUGUGCUGGUCUGGUAAAGGUUGGUGAUGAAAGCAAAAUUAUCGAAUUGAUUCAUCACACAGCCCAAGAAUAUCUCCAACAGAUGUUCGUGAUAUGGUUCCCAGAAGCCCGCUCCAAAAUCACAAGAACCUGCAUUACCUACUUGUCAUACAAAGUAUCCGAGCUUAUACCAGGCGACGACCGCGAUCCUAUCAUAUCACACAUAGAUUCUCAUCCAUUUUACGGUUAUGCCUCUCUUUAUUGGGGUAAACAUGCUCGCGAAGAGCCGCUCCUAAGCCGUGAAGUAAAGGAGUUUCUAACAGACACAGCGAGGAUCAAAUCAUAUCGCAAAAUACUUAAGCAUGUUCAAUGGCACGAAGACAGACUCGGUGACUCAGGAUUGAAACAACAAACUACGGGGUUGCAUUUAGCGGCCUGGUUUGGGCUCACCGAAGCUGUUCCACUACUGCUAAACAAGUUUCCUAUCAACGUAAAGAACAAAUUCCGAGAGACAGCAUUGCAUAUCGCAACUCAUCGUGCCGAUAAAGAUAUUAUUCAGCUACUGCUGGACAACAAGGCCAAGACGAAAGUCAAGAACAAGCUUGGGAGAACACCGCUACAUAUCGCAGCUGAGGAUAGCGAUGAAGACGUUGUUGAGCAACUGCUGAACGGCGGCGCCAGUAUCGAAGCUAUAGACCGUUGGGGCGAUACACCACUACAUCUUGCAGCUUACACUGGCUUGGGAGUUAUUGUUCCAGUACUGCUGGAAAGAGAUGCUAACAUCAACCCUGCUGGCCAAAAUGGU